AUGGAUAAUAAUUGGAGAAAAAUAAGUGUAGCGCCUGUUUUGUCAGGCACAUCACCUAGGAUUCAGCAAAUACAUAAUUUUAAUAAUAAUAAUAAUAGUAAUAAUAUUGGUGGCAAUAAUAAUAAUAAUAAUAAUAGCAAUAAUAAUAAUAAUAAUAAUAAUAAUAAUAAUAAUAAUAAUAAUAAUAAUAAUAAUAAUAAUAAUAAUAAUAAUAAUAAUAAUAAUGGAGGGAAUAGUGGAACCAAUAUAGAGGGGGUACCAAAACCUAUGAGGUUUCACAUUCAAGAUAAUGAUUUUUACACAUAUCUUCUUGGUUCAUGGAAAAGAAAUCUAGAGUGGAAAGAGUUUGGUGGUCUAUUUCACCAUAUAAGAACAAGUAAUACUGUAGUUUUUUUUAAAACAGCACCAAAAAAUUUAGAAACUUAUUUAGAAUGGACAUAUAUUGGGACACCAUGUCAUGGUAAAUUCUUUUCUUUCAAUAAUGUGGCAGUAUUAAAUUUUUUUCAACCUCAUUCAACUGUAAUUGUAACAUAUAGAAUCGUUGAUCAAGAUACAAUGUCAGUGUGUGUUGUUGAAGUUGAUGAAAAACAAACACCUUCAAUUCAAUAUGGUAAUAUGUACAGAAUAGAUCCAACACUUUAUGUUAAAUAA